AUGGCAUUUGGAACAAUCGAGCAUUUGGCAACAUUGCAAGAUCUUCCUUUCGGUAAAUCUACACUUAUCAGCAGUUUCGAAGAACAAGGUGAUUCUAGUGCUGAUCAGAGGGGGAUGGACGAAGUGGCCGAAAACCAGAUAUUACAAGAGCAAUAUGAUGAUAUAAAGCUUUUGCGAGAGGCUAACGAUGGGAUGUAUAAUGUACAUAAGAGCUGUAAGCCCAAAAAAGAGGAAUUUGGUAUUGUGGGGGUUCAGGUUGCUGGUCAAACAAUGCGGUUAAAUGUUUUAAUGAGAGAUAAUGCAGAUAUUCACAGAUACUAUCAUAUCCUUGAAGCCAAG